AUGGAAACUUUAUCGUCUGCUGAUAUUCAGCAGGAGACUGUGCAGCCUGAGAUUCAAAAUAGUUUACGUGAAAUUUUGUUUGAGUUGCGAGGACAAAAGUCGCAAAUUAAUUCUCUGAAAGACGAAGUUCGCGGACAGUCACUUGCUUUGGAGGACAGUGUGAAGCAGAUUUUGUGGGCUAUAGAAAAUGUGAAAAUUGAUUACGCAAAGGAAAUGCUGGCUGACAUUGCGGAUAAGCUCCACGUAAGAAACAAACACAUACGUAUUGCUGAUACUUCCGAAGGAGGCUGGGAGACUGUGCGCCAAUAUCAGUCAAACCCAUUGGCGAGUGACUCUGACGACGAGUCGCGCAUUCUCAAGGCGGACUCGCGAGCAGUGCGGAAACGUAAGCAGCAGAAACCCAAAACGAAGGCUAAAUCACCAGCUGUAGCUUUGGGGUACACGGACAGCAUGGCUCUGGCGCGCGGAUUUGCUGGUACUUCCUCUACGUCGCAAUCGCAAUCCGGGGGCGGACAUUCGUUUCGUGGCUACCAGGGGUUUCCCAGCAACAGAGGGCAGCUUGGACCCUGCUUCGGAUGCGGCGAGUACAACCACGUGCGGCGCACGUGCCCGUAUACAAGGUUUGGGGGAGCUCAGCAGGGACAGCAACAGACAGAGCAGCCCGGCAAAAAAUGA